AUGUAUACAACCCACUACAGCAAUCUAAAGAGGAAUGAGAUUGGCACUAUACAGGAGGAAAGUUUUGCCGGUGCACCGUUACUGAGCAUACUCUAUCUGGACAACAACAAGCUGUGGGGGUUGCCUAGCAAUGCAUUUGCACAGAAUUCGCAACUAAAGACUCUGCAACUGAACCACAACGAUUUGACUUCACUUCCUGGCACACUGCUGACUGUGAACACGGGUCUAUACAGCCU